AGAUUCAUAACUUUUUGAAAAUGAAAAUGGCAAUAAUACUAAAUAUUCAAGUGUAUUUAUGUAUGUUUUUCGCUUUUUUACAUACUGAAGGAACAUAUAAUAAAAAAGAAAAUGCGAUUAUCAUAAAUAAUUUUCUACGUCAUCCAGGAUGGAAUAAUAUAAAUGAUGUCGAAUUAAUUAAGUAUGGAAACAAUAAACAUGAACUGAAAAAUUUAAUUUUUAAUCCUGUAACAUUAUUUAAUUGUAAUGAUUGUAUACGGCAAACAAUGCUAUUCCUUGGAUGUUCUUACGCUAAUGAUUUCGAUUUUAUAAAUUUUUCAUUAACUAAAUUUCAAGAACAUUGUUUUGAACUAUUAGAUUCUAGUUAUGCUAGGGCGCACAAUUGUACAAUCACACUUUUAAUGAAAAUGAUUGAAAUUGUUCCGAUGGCAGAAUGUAUGAAAGGAGCUUUAGAUGCAAUAGAUAAAUAUCAUACUGUUUCCCGGAAAAGAGAGAUAAGAAACCGUUUUAUUUUAAGCAGGUUACUAACAAAUAUACAGGAAGAAAAAAUUUUAUUGACUACGUUGAGAACCAGUUUGCUUUCAAUUAAGGAUGUAUUAACAACUAUCGAGGAAAUAUUAUUGUCAAGGCGUAAUGAACUUAAUGAAGAUAAGUCAUUUUGUCAACUAAAAAACUUGGAUUCAUUAUGGAAUUUAUGGAUUAUAGAAUUCAAUACAUUAACACUUCAAAGAAAAUUUCAAGAACUAUUUAUUUUUCUUAGUGAUAAAAUUAGUAAUUUUAUCCUAACAACAAUCAAGAAAAAAUAUAUUGAUCUUGGAUUUAUAUUUGAUUGUAACACAAGUCAGACAUUUUUACCUGUUCAACUAUCUACCAGUGACAAUCAUGAUAUCGCACAAAAUCCUUCUACAAAUUUUAUACAAAAUACCAAUUAUGUAAAUACGCAAGAAACAAUUCAACAAAAUGAUAUUACAACAUAUCCUUCGAUACUACGUAUUAAUGAUGUAGAGAUACAGGAAAACAUUAGUCAAGAAAGUAAUGAUUUUAUAAUACAUUAAAAUACUUUUUAUAUAUUUGAUCACUUGUG